UUGUCCCCACACCGCUUCUACACCGAGCCUUGCAGCGAGCGAGAAACGCGGCCACGGAGGCGCCCAGGAGGGGAGACGCGCCGCCGGCUAGCGGCGUCCCUCCGGGAGAAAGAGCACCGGAGAAGAGGCGGCGCCGCGGUGGAGGCGGCGGCGGGGAGGGUGCUGCGCGAGAUGGCAGCUGCCUAGCCCGGCGGGCGCGGAGCAGCCCCGAGCUGUGGCUGGCGAGACGGGGCGGCUGGGCGGUGGACCCCACCGCGACCGCCGCAGAGCCCCUGGAAGAGAUGAGCGCCGAGGAUAGCGAGGGCAUCACUUUCCCCGUUCCCCCGUUUAGCCCCCCGGGCUUUUGCACCUUCCCGGAGGGCGGCUGCAGCCGAAGGGGCGGAGCGGCAGCAGCUGCGGCUCCAGGCGAGGGGAGUCCGUUCCCACCACCGCCCCCACCCGCCGGUAGCUUCUGGAAUGUGGAAGGCAGUGGCGCCUCUGUCACCUGCACUGGGGGCAUCUCGGCCGCCGCAGUUGCGAGCGGGGCCCCGAGCGCCCCCCGGAGUCGGGGCAACUCGACUGGCGCUGGCGGUGGCAGUCGGAGAACCACGGUGGCAUACGUGAUUAACGAAGCCAGCCAGGGGCAGCUGGUGGUAGCUGAGAGCGAGGCCCUGCAGUGCCUGCGGGAGGCAUGCGAGGCGGUGGGCGCUGCGCUGGAGACCCUACAUUUUGGCAAACUGGACUUCGGGGAAACCGCGGUUUUGGAUCGUUUCUACAAUGCAGAUAUCGCUGUGGUCGAGAUGAGUGAUGCUUUCCGUCAGCCUUCCUUGUUUUAUCAUCUUGGGGUGAGGGAGAGCUUCAGCAUGGCCAACAAUAUCAUCCUCUACUGUGAUACCAAUUCAGAUUCUCUUCAGUCAUUGAAGGAAAUCAUUUGUCAAAAGAAUACCAUGUGCACUGGGAAUUACACAUUUGUUCCAUACAUGAUAACCCCCCAUAACAAGGUCUACUGCUGCGAUAGUAGCUUUAUGAAGGGGUUGACAGAGCUAAUGCAGCCUAAUUUUGAACUACUUCUUGGACCCAUCUGCUUACCUUUAGUGGAUCGUUUUAUUCAACUUUUGAAGGUGGCACAAGCUAAUUCAAGCCAGUAUUUCCGAGAAUCCAUACUCAGUGAUAUCAGGAAAGCCCGUAACCUCUACACAGGUAAAGAAUUGGCAGCUGAGCUGGAAAGAAUCCGACAGCGAGUAGAUAAUAUUGAAGUCUUGUCAGCAGAUAUUGUCAUAAAUCUACUCCUCUCCUAUAGAGAUAUUCAGGACUAUGAUUCUAUUGUGAAGCUUGUAGAAACUUUAGAAAAGCUGCCAACCUUUGAUUUGGCCUCCCAUCAUCAUGUGAAGUUCCAUUAUGCAUUUGCACUGAACAGGCGAAAUCUCCUUGGAGAUAGAGAAAAAGCUCUUAGUAUUAUGAUUCCUCUGGUGCAAUGUGAAGGCCAGGUUGCUUCUGAUAUGUAUUGUCUUGUGGGUCGAAUCUACAAAGAUAUGUUUUUGGACUCCAAUUUUACAGACACAGAAAGCAGAGAUCAUGGAGCUUCCUGGUUCAAAAAGGCAUUUGAAUCUGAGCCAACACUACAGUCAGGAAUUAAUUAUGCAGUCCUCCUUCUGGCAGCUGGACACCAGUUCGAAUCUUCCUUUGAGCUACGGAAAGUUGGAGUGAAACUAAGUAGUCUGCUUGGUAAAAAGGGAAACCUGGAAAAACUCCAGAGCUACUGGGAAGUUGGAUUUUUCCUUGGUGCCAGUGUACUUGCUAAUGAUCACUUGAGAGUGAUACAAGCUUCUGAAAAGCUUUUUAAACUGAAGACACCUGCAUGGUACCUCAAAUCUAUUGUAGAAACCAUUUUGAUAUAUAAGCAUUUUAUGAAACUGACUACAGAACCACAUGGAGCCAAGCAAGAGCUUGUGGAUUUCUGGAUGGAUUUCCUGGUUGAAGCCACAAAGACAGAUGUGACUGUAGUUAGGUUUCCGGUUUUAAUAUUAGAACCAACAAAAAUCUACCAACCUUCCUAUUUGUCUAUCAACAAUGAAGCUGAUGAAAAAACGAUAUCUAUCUGGCAUGUGCUUCCUGAUGACAAGAAAGGUAUUCACGAGUGGAAUUUUAGUGCAACUUCCGUCAGGGGAGUAAGUAUUUCAAAGUUUGAGGAACGAUGCUGCUUUUUAUACGUGCUUCACAACUCGGAUGAUUUUCAAAUCUAUUUCUGUACAGAACUUCACUGCAAAAAGUUUUUUGAAAUGGUGAAUACUAUUACUGAAGAAAAAGGAAAAAGUACAGAAGAAGGGGAAUGUGAUAGUGAUUCUUUGGAGUAUGACUAUGAAUAUGAUGAAAAUGGUGACAGAGUCAUUUUAGGGAAGGGCACUUAUGGUAUAGUUUAUGCUGGACGUGACCUGAGCAAUCAAGUCAGAAUUGCUAUUAAAGAAAUCCCUGAGCGAGACAGCAGAUAUUCCCAACCUUUACAUGAGGAAAUAGCAUUACAUAAGCAUCUGAAACACAAAAAUAUUGUCCAGUAUCUGGGUUCAUUCAGUGAGAAUGGCUUCAUUAAAAUUUUCAUGGAACAGGUUCCAGGAGGAAGCCUUUCUGCUCUUCUUCGAUCAAAAUGGGGUCCCUUAAAAGAUAAUGAGCAAACUAUUGGCUUUUAUACAAAACAAAUUCUUGAAGGUUUAAAAUAUCUCCAUGACAAUCAGAUUGUACAUCGGGAUAUAAAGGGUGACAAUGUGUUAAUCAACACAUAUAGUGGUGUUUUAAAGAUCUCUGAUUUUGGCACAUCAAAGAGACUUGCUGGCAUCAAUCCCUGUACUGAAACUUUCACUGGUACUCUUCAAUAUAUGGCACCAGAAAUAAUAGAUAAAGGACCAAGAGGAUAUGGAAAAGCAGCAGACAUAUGGUCUUUGGGCUGUACAAUCAUUGAAAUGGCUACAGGAAAACCACCAUUUUAUGAAUUGGGAGAACCUCAAGCAGCCAUGUUCAAGGUUGGAUUUUUCUUUGAAGCCAGAUUUUAUAUAAUGUUCUAUUUAAACCAUAAUAUGCAUCAGAAUACAUUUUCAUAUAUAUAUCCAUAUGCUGUUAUUUCUUAUCCACAUAUUAAAAAGCUAUCUUUAGAGAGAAAUCUAUUCUUUGCCCUCAGCUUUGAUUUUUGGUUAAUUCCUAAGAAUGAGAACAUACUAACUCUGCUUACAUUUCCUUCCACAGCUCUUUCAGCUGGAUCAAAUGAAUAUCUUAGGAGCAUAUCUUUGCCAGUCCCUGUACUAGUAGAAGACACAAGCAGCAGCAGUGAAUAUGGAUCCGUUUCACCUGACACAGAUUUAAAAGUGGAUCCCUUUUCUUUCAAAACAAGAGCCAAAUCCUGUGGAGAAAAAGAUGGGAAAGGAAUCCGGACCCUCUUUCUGGGCAUUCCAGAUGAGAAUUUUGAAGACCACAGUGCUCCCCCUUCUCCUGAAGAAAAAGAUUCUGGAUUCUUUAUGCUGAGAAAAGACAGUGAGCGAAGAGCUACUCUGCAUAGGAUAUUAACAGAAGACCAGGAUGAAGUUGCGAGAAACCUAAUGGAAUCAUUGGCUCAGGGACCUGAGGCACCUAAACUAAGAUGGGAACACAUCACAACUUUAGUCUCAAGCCUCAGAGAGUUUGUGAGGUCAACAGAUCGAAAAAUCAUAGCCACCACACUGUCAAAACUGAAACUGGAGCUGGAUUUUGAUAGCCAUGGAAUCAGUCAAGUCCAAGUGGUUCUGUUUGGUUUCCAAGAUGCUGUCAAUAAAGUCCUUCGGAAUCACAACAUCAAGCCUCAUUGGAUGUUUGCCUUAGACAGCAUCAUUCGAAAAGCGGUCCAGACAGCCAUUACCAUUCUAGUUCCAGAACUGAGGCCACACUUUAGUCUUGCAUCUGAAAGUGAUACAGCUGAUCAGGACGACCUGGAUGUUGAAGAAGACCGUGAUGAACAGCCUCCCACUCAAACUAAUCGAAGACCUCAGGCAGUCAUUGAAGAUGCUGUGGCCACCUCUGGGGUGAGCACACUCAGUUCCACAGUAUCUCAUGAUUCCCAGGGUGCUCACAGGUCUCUGAAUGUCCAGCUUGGGAGAAUGAAAAUAGAAACAAAUAGAUUGCUAGAGGAAUUAGUUCGAAAAGAGAGAGAAUUCCAAGCACUCCUUCAUCAAGCAAUUGAAGAAAAAGAUCAAGAAAUUAAACAUCUGAAGCUUAAGUCACAACCAAUAGAUAUUCCUGGACUGUAUGUUUGUCACCUAAAUUCUCCUGGCAUAGGAGCUGAAGACUCUGAACUUAUCGACUGGUUGAGAGAGAAUGGAGCUGAUGAGGACACUAUAAGCAGGUUUUUGGCUGAAGAUUAUACUCUAGUUGAUGUUCUCUACUGUGUUACUCGUGAUGAUCUGAAAUGCCUACGGCUAAGGGGAGGGAUGCUGUGUACGCUGUGGAAAGCUAUCAGUGACUUUCGAGAAAAAAAACCUUGACUGUGUGCGGCUCAACAUUACUCUGCUCUUCAGUGGAUAUUCUGAAAAUUCACUCAGCAUAGGACUAAUGUUUUGAGGAAGGGUGGGUGCCAGAUGGAGGGGUGAAGUGAGGUGAAGAGGGAGAAUUGGAAGAGGUGAAGGAAAAGAAAGACCCUGCACUUUAAUACAGUAUUUGUUUACCAAUGCUAAAAACAACACUGCAGCUUCCUAACUGCUUAAAUUUCUACAAUUCAUAUGGACUCUAUUUAAAGAAUGUUUAGUCUAAACAUUUUUUAUACAGGGACGUAUUUUUAUCCUAGGAGCUAUGAUCCUUUAAAGAAGCAAAUGUUAAUUUCACACAAAAGAGAUGUAACAUUUCAUAUAAUUGUGCAUCACUGGAACAAAAGCAAAAUGUGACCAUAAUUUUUUUGGGGUUUACGUUUGUUAAUAACCUAUAAUAGUAAUUCAUAAUUUCAGUUAUUGUGUAAAACUAAUUUUUAAGUGUGCAGAAUCUGUGAGCAGUUGUUUUUACUUACUAGUUAAUUAUAAUAUUGUAUAGUUUUUGUAACUUAAGUUUCUGGUCUAUGGUACAUUUUGUUUUAGAGUUGUUUAUGUACUACUGAACUGUACCAGUUGUAUAUGCCUGAAUCAUAGUAAUGUUAGCUUGUUCUAAAGCUAUCUAUUGUGACACACAUUCUUAAAAGUAAAAAGAAUCUAAACAUAGUUUUUGAUAAAUUCUGACUAGAGUUUUUAUUUCAUUUUCUGAAAUCAGGUUAACUAUUGGGUAAAAUUCUUCACCAAUAUGCUCACCUAAAACAUUUAAUGGAAUUUAGGUUUUGUGCAAGAGAUCACAGAAUGAUUGACUAUCCAGCAUCCUUCAGAAUCAGAAGCCAACAGCAAGAAUGGCUAACAUUUAUAUUCAAGUCAAUAAACAUUUAUCAAGCUAGACCUUGUGCUUGGUACUGGGGGUACAAAUAAAAAAAAUAAAGUAGUCCUUAGCCUCAGGAAGCUAACAAACUAUUGGGGAGAACAACAUAUAUAAAGGGAAACUGAGAGGUGGAGUGGAGGAUAGGGUUAGGAGAGUAAAUAAGUUAAGCUGCAUAUGAGGAGUGGAAUGAGCUGAAAGUCCCAUAACUGCCCAUAUAUUUGGCAGGAACGUAGAACUCCAGCUUUCCAAUCAGAGAGAAGUAGGAAGGAGAGGAAUAAUAAAGGCUGAAUUAGAAACGCAAGAAUGAGGUAUGGUGUUUGUUGUUGUUCAGUCACAACCCCAUUUGGAGUUUUCU